AUGGAGAUUCGUGUAGAUGCACCUAGUGGUCGUUGGUUUAUUUCCUAUUUUUCUGAUGAACACAAUCAUCCGCUUCUGGAUCCUCGGUUGACUGGAUUUCUCCCUGGGCAUAGAUUCAUGUCUGAGGCUGAUAUUGGCCACAUGGUUAACAUGAAAAAGGGUGGGAUUAGUGUUGGGCAGAUAUAUCGGGCAUUAGCAAAUCAGGCAGGUGGCUACGAGUAUAUCUCUUUCACGCAAAGGGACAUGUACAAUAAAAUAGCAAAGCAGAGGCGCAAAUUACCCGGUGAUGCAUAUGCAGCUUUGAAGUAUCUAGAAGAUCAAGCAACAAAUGACCCUUCUCUCUAUUUUAAUCAUCACAUGGAUGCCGAUGGUACUUUGCGCAAUUUAUUCUGGUGCGAUGGUCUCAGUAGGGCAGACUACUCAUUAUUUGGUGAUGUGCUGGCUUUUGAUGCUACCUAUAAGAGGAAUAAAUAUAUGUGUCCACUGGUGGUAUUUUCUGGUGUCAAUCAUCACAAUUAA